GUGCAGCGCGUGUGACCCAUCAUCCUGCGUUGAUUCGUCACGACACUGCUCCAGGCAAUCAACUCGAGGCUGCAAGCGCUUGAGAAUGCGCCUCGCAUCUUCAGGUCAUCGGAGGCGGGGCUGUGCCGCAACGCAGGGAUAGGCUGAUCGUUCCACAAGAGCGAGAUUGUAUUGUUGUUCACGAAAUUCAGAGGUUCUAUUGCACCUUUUGAUCAGCCUAACCUUACCAUGGCACCAUCCCCGCAAGUCAGCGGGACUUCUUCUGCGCCAUCACCAUCUACAGCGCCGCAAGCGCCUUCGGUUCUUCCUGGUCUCAAACGCGGCAUCGCAGUGGGGGUGGCAUCGUCUGUAUGUCUCAUCCUCAUCGCCCUGCUGGCUUUCUUCGCUCUGCGCCGACGCAAGCAACGCAAGGCACAGCACCGACAGCAGCAUUCCCCAGACAUCAAAGAGCUUCCCACAUGGGCAGAACGGAGCGGGACACCAGUCCCACCAGAAAAGAACUGGAUACCCAUACCGCCGUCGCCCAUCGAGGCUGACACACAGGCCAUAUACGAACUGGAGGCCAGUCCGGUGCCCGAACUCCCCACAGGGAUCCACGUCUCUGGUGCGCAAGAGCUGGGCGCUGAGGAUGCUAGCGAAAGCUCGAUCGAUAUCAAGAGGACAAGUCUUGCAACUAGGGAAAGCGUUGAGCGUUAUGGAACAAGCGAGUCACAGUACAGAGAUAUGCCGACGUUGCGCAUCUCCCCUCCUGAGGUGUCGCCUUUGACCACCACGUCGCUGCUUGCUAUCAGUCCUCUUACCGUGAGCCCUCUGGAGGAGGCAUACCUCCCGCAAUCGCCUCGCUCGCCGCGAUCUCCGCAACUCUCUCCCCGUCACUGGAUAUGAGCGGCCUCUUGUGAACUCAAUCAGCAUCAACAUGAGCUCAACAUAUCCAGAGAUGUCUCGAGCCCUUACGCAGCAGCUGUCCAGUUCUCGACGUGGUCUGCGAAAGGCCGGGCCGUGGCAGGCCUUGAUUCGUUUGCUGCCCACACGGACGUCAGAGGCGAAGCUGGGACUCUUUGACCUUCCGAUCGAGCUAAUAUUUCGCAUACUCGAAGAAGCCGUAAUCUCGGCGCCAGGCACGUUCCACGCUACCUUGCGCGUAAGCCGCACUUUACGCUCUCUGACCUUGCA